GAUCGGCGUCCCAAUGAGUUCCGCGCCGGCCGACGACGAGGCUACACGUUUCUGAUUACGUCAACAAUAUUAUUGUGAGGAGUGGACGUGGAACGUGCCAGAGCUUGAGGAGGCAAUUGGUCGGUGCAAUCAUCUCGUUACGCGUAAACAAACCGGUUACCGAGAUGAAGACACGGUGGAUAUUCGUGUUGGUGUGCUUGUGCACGUGGAUGGUCGCGGCCAAAGCAGCGGCGGUUUCCACCCAGACUCAGGAUACGAUGGUGGUAGCCAAAUCGGAAAAUGACCACACUGAACCAAGUACCACGUUGUCCAAAGAAGAGACAUCGACAGCAGAGCCCGUUCCACCUGUAAAACUGACAGAGAUGGAAGUGACGUCUAAUAUCGCCUUACGAUACGCUCACACAGCUGUGGUCACCCGCGUACGCAAUCCGGCCAAGCGUGCGCAAGAAACCACUUUCAAAAUACUGCUACCUGAAACAGCUUUCAUAAGUGGAUUUAUCAUGACAUUGGAUGGAAAAUCUUACAAGGCUUAUGUGAAAGAAAAAGAGGAAGCCAAGAAUAUUUACAAUCAAGCGGUGGCAAGUGGAGCCGGAGCUGCACAUAUUGCUGCAAAGGCUCGCGACUCGAAUCAAUUCACGGUGACAGUCAACGUGGAACCAAAUACAGAAGCUGUUUUCAACUUGACCUACGAAGAGCUCUUAGUUCGACGAAAUGGCGUGUACAACCAUGCAAUAAAUCUGCACCCUGGGUCGCUGGUUCCAAAUUUAUCCGUCACCGUCAACAUCCACGAGUCACAGAAGAUCACUGUACUGAGGGUGCCUGAGGUCAGGACUGGAAAUGAGAUUGACGCCACUGCAGAGGAUACACAAAAUUCCAAAGCUGUUAUACAUCACGAUGAUCGUGUAGCGACUGUUACUUUUAAGCCCGAUCUUGAAGAGCAAAAAAGACUUAUCGGAAUUUACAUGGAAAAGUCCAAAGAGUCUCAAGCCAAUAUGGAACGGAAUUUGAUUUACAAUCGCGUUGAGGAACCUGAAGAACAGGAAUCAAAAGACGGGAUCCUGGGUCAAUUCGUCGUACAAUACGAUGUGGACCGCCCUAAAAAUGGAGAAAUUAUUGUUAAUAAUGGUUACUUCGUUCAUUUCUUCGCACCUGCCGACCUGCCGCCCUUGAACAAGCACGUAGUAUUUGUAUUAGACACAUCUGGCUCCAUGUCAGACAGAAAGAUCGUGCAACUGCAGGAGGCCAUGCAAACUAUCCUCAGUGAUCUCAACAAAGGGGACUAUUUCAAUAUUGUGGAAUUCGAUUCUUCUGUUACGGUUCAUGAAUUGAAAGAAGCAGACGAGGAACCUAAAGUGCCUGACUAUCGUUACUUCAGGAUGUCAAAUACGCCGAAAGUGAAACUGGUUCCACCAUCGUUGGCUACACCGGAGAACAUAGCCAAAGCUAAAGUAAUAGUCAACAGACUCCAAGCUGCCGGCGGUACAAACAUUGCCCAAGCUCUGGACAUCGCAGUGCAAAUUGUCAAAAAAGGUCUGAGCAAUGUAACGACCGAUAAUAUAGUAGAAAAUAACCCCGAUAUACAAUCUGACACAGUCUCUGCAAACGAGACUGAAACUACGAUUUUGCCUACAGAACAGCCGCCUACGGAAACUAAACCUGACAAUGAAGCAAUUAACCUAGAACCGAUCAUCAUAUUUUUGACGGACGGCGACCCAACUGUCGGUGAAACGAACCCCACAAGGAUCAUCAAUCGUUUGACAGAAAAGAAUUAUGGAGCGAACAAAGCCACAAUAUUUUCCCUUGCUUUUGGCCAAGACGCGGACCGCAAGUUCUUAAGAAAGAUAUCGCUACGAAACGACGGCUUCAUGCGACAUAUAUACGAGGCAGCGGACGCGGCGCAACAGCUCCGAGACUUCUACCGGCAGGUGUCGUCACCGUUGCUCGCACAUGUCAAAUUCGUCUACCCGCCAGAUCAGGUGAAAAAUGAUAUGAUAACAAAGCAUUCGUUCCGCACUUACUACGAGGGAUCAGAAGUAGUAGUGGCCGGGCGAGUGGACGACUCCGCCGCCGAGAUCACCUCGCAAGUGCACGCUUUCUGCGGUAACGAGGGCGAAUCGGGCAAGAUUCCAUACGACGUAACGCUGAAAGCACCUGUGCCUCAAACGAAAAAUUAUUAUUUACCUCUGGAGCGACUGUGGGCGUAUCUCACUGUUAAACAACUUUUGGAUGAAAAGGACGCCCAGCUGGACACAGAACAGUCUAAAGACAAGGAAAAGUCACCGGAAAAGAAAGCUCUGAACAUCGCACUAAAGUACGAGUUGGUGACUCCACUAACAUCACUGGUCGUGGUCAAACCCAAUGCCACGAAAGACGCAGUGAAUGCCGAGUCUGUCGACAAAGUUGACAGUGUCCAAAAUGGUUUUCCAGGCGCACCAUUGUCCGCGUUGUACUCCAGUAGUCUGCCGCUUGCACAUUACCAAGGAAGCGUUCCAAUUGCCCAAGCGUCCUUUGAAAGUUUCCCUCAACCUGGUUUGCGCUUAAAUGCACCACUUACGCGGGAUACCGGAGUUGUGGAAAAGCGAGUAGAUACCACGACCACGGCUCACGUUGCGGACCAGUUACAAUACGACGACGUGGAAACUGCAGAAUACGCGUUGGAGGAACAGCCAGUAGUUGCUUUCAGCAGCAAAACGGCAGUUGACAGAAUGUUGAUAGCGUCUUUGCCUGGAUUCGAUACGCCUGAUGAUAUGGCGAGACCUAGACCAACGCAGUACGCGUACAUGCAAGUCGCCCAAGUGGCCCACCCGACAACUCCAUUCAUCGAUCCUCUACAGAGGUACCACUUAGAAGCUUACCCGUGGGCAUUAACUCUGAUCAACAUCACUACUGAUUCACUACUCGUGGAGGUCAAUGGAACAACGCUCAACAUGAAACUCAGCACGGAUAAUACGAUACCGAAGAGUCCUGGCGGUGAUCCUGUAUGCAACAAUGCCAUUGACAACACCACCGGCGUCUGCGUCUACCUUUUGAAUUGUGUAGCAGCGCAGUCCAUCACCGUUGAGAAAUAUGUUCAUUCAGCCUGCGUAGUUGAUACUGGAUACGCUGGAGUUUGCUGUCCAAAUGUUCCAGACAAUGUAAACAAACCGGUGUGAUACGGAAUGACAAAAUGAUGUAAUUAGUACAUAUCUGUUGACAACAAUCAAAUUGUUUGAAAUGUGAUUAUUGUUAAGUAAAUAUUUAAGGAUUGAACCCACAAUAUGUUGUGAUUUUUGAACUCAUAGGUGCUAAUUGAACUGAAUGGUGCCAUGUUAAGAUAUAUUGCUGCAAUUUUGAUUACGUGUAGUUAAGUUACUAAUGUACGUAACUAAAUACGAAACGUCGUUUAUAAGAAAUAAAAAAAUAAUCUUA